GCGGGGAAAAGCCAGGCGUUGGCCGAGCCGGGGAGGGGCUGGGCUGUCUCUUCACCUCUCAGAUCCACUGCGCGCUGCAACCGGCUCACCAGCAGCAGCCAACUUUCUGCUCUGCCCCACCAGCUGUCGACCACAGCUAUGUCCUCCCGCGGUCCCGUCAGCCCCACCGAAACCGAGCGUUGCAUUGAGUCGCUGCUGGCUGUCUUCUGCCACUAUGCUGGGAAAGAAGGGAGCAACUGCACCCUCUCCAAACAGGAAUUCAGAAAGUUCAUGGACACGGAGCUGGCGUCUUUCACAAAGAACCAGAAAGAUCCAAGCGUCAUUGACCGCAUGAUGAAGAAGCUGGACGUGAACUGCGAUGGGCAGAUCGACUUUUCUGAGUUCUUGAACCUCAUCGGAGGCCUGGCAGUAGCCUGCCAUGCCCAGACAAUGUCCUCACCCACCGGUGGGGGCCACAAGAGACUGUGAAGGCAUCCGGGCCAUUUCAAGCAAUGUCA